AUGGCUUCUUCGUCCUCUCAACCCUUGAAAAUUGAGAAAUUGAGCUCCAAUGCCUUUCCUCAGCCUCAGCUUUCAACUCAGCCUUUGCUUCAGCCUCAGCCUCAGCCUCAGUCUACCUCUAUCUCUGCAGCACAAUCCUCUUCUUCAUGCCUUCCAGAAUCGGUGAUACACAAGAAUCGCCUGCAGGAAUACACACAAAGGUCGGGCAUUCAAAUGCCAAUAUAUCAAACUAGAAAUGAGGGAAUACAACAUGCACCAAAGUUUAGGUCAACAGUGGAAGUGGAUGGAUGCAUCUAUACCUCUCCAAGCACUUUUUCGCUUAGAAAAACAGCUGAACAAGACGUUGCCAAACUUGCAUUGGGACACAUAUCAAAGAAGAUAAAGGAUGAAGGAUGUCCUCAUAUUUGUGUGGAUAAGAUAUUUUGCAAGUCUAUCCUCAAUGAGUUUGCUAUCAAGAUGAACCUGGAGAAGCCUACUUACAAUAUUUUUAAGCUAGAACAAGAAGGGUUCCUUCCAGUUUUCAUGUCUACUUUGGUUUUCAACGGUUUAUAUCAUACUAGUGAACUUGGUAGAAAUAAGAAAGAAGCUAAACAAUUGGCAGCACACGCUGUUAUUAUCUCUCUUUUGGGUAAUUCUGGGUUGGGAACGGUUCUUUCUAAGAUAAUCAAGGGUUUCAUCGUUUUGCAUACUAAAAUAUUCUCACACAAAUUCUUAAACUAUCUAAAAUACCCCUAUCUGUUGUAA